AAAGAAACUAGUACAACGCCCAAAAAAAAUAACUUUCCAAGUAGAAGCGGUUGACGGGUAACCGUGCUGUGUGGACAACAAUAUCUCCAAGUCAAUCCAAUCGAAGACGCUAGAAUCUCAACUUGUUUGCCAAAAAUGGCUGCAGCUUUGGAUGCCGGAGAGGCUUCUCUCUCUGCUUCCAUCCAGCAGCUCUGCAAACGGAUUGAUUCGCACGAAAUGAGGGACAUUUUUGGGCCAAAGAAGCUUGACAAGUCACUCCUGAAGAAGAAAUUCAAGCUGACGUUGUUAACCCUUGAUGCAGUGCUCGAUGACGCACACCAGAAGGAGUUUGAGAUCCCUUCCAUCGGAAACUGGCUUGAUGAAUUGAGAGAAGCGGUCUAUGAUGCGGGGGUCCUACUGGAUGAGGUCGAUGCUGAAGCUUUCCGGCUUAAGAUGGCAGCAGAAGAUCAGACCGUUGUAACUCAGGUGUGGAACUUCCUCUCUGUGCCUUUCAGUCGUUUUGACCGACGCUUGAAUGAUAAGAUAAAGGAGUUAUAUCAUAGAUUAAAAUUCCUUGGAAACGAAAAGGAUGUUCUUGGUCUUCAAAAAGGCGCUCGGAAGGUUUCACAAAUGCCAACAACUUGUUUGGUUGAUGAAUCUUCUGUCGUUGGUAGAGAUGGUGAUAAAGAAGAGUUGAUAAGACUGUUAAUCUCUGAUGCCGAAAGCAGGAAUAAUGUUUCUGUCAUUACCAUAGUGGGAAUGGCCGGGAUUGGUAAGACAACACUUGCUCAACUCGUAUACAACGAUCAAAGAGUGAAAGAGCAUUUUGAUAUUCAAGCUUGGGUUUGCGUUUCCGAAGAUUUUGAUGCUGUUAGGGUCACUAAAACCCUGCUCGAGUCAAUCACUUCGACUGUUUGUGACAUUACCGAUCUAAAUUUUGUUCAGGUCCAGCUAAAACACGAAGUGAGGGGAAAGAGAUUCUUAUUUGUGUUGGACGACCUCUGGAACGAGAACUAUCAUGAUUGGAAUCUCCUGCAAGUUCCUUUUCUCUAUGCGGCAGGGGGAAGUAAGGUUGUGAUAACAACGCGGAGUGAAAUGGUUGCUUCAAUCGUGCGCAAUGUACCUACUCACUAUUUAGAGCCGCUGUCUGAUGAAGAUUGUUGGUCGUUGAUUUUAAAACAUGCUUUGGGAGACAGUUACACCGCUGAACAUUCAAAGAUUCGAGAAACUGAUAAGGAAACUGCAAUACGUAAGUGCAAUGGUUUGCCUUUAAUUGCACGAGCACUAGGGGGUCUCUUACGAGGCACAACUUCUGGUUCUGAGGAAUGGCAUCACUUAUUACAUACCAACAUUUGGGAGCUACCCUCCGUUGCUCGCAUUCUCCCAAUUUGUUUACUACAACAAUUAAGGCAGAAGGGGAGAGAAUCACAUCAAAAACGCCGCUCUGCUAGGACAGAGGCAAAUUCAGCAGAGUGGAUCUUUUUAGUCACUAGCCUUUCCAUGGAGAUUUUAUCAGCUGCUUUUGAUCAGGCUUCGUCCCCAAGAAGGCCGAGGUAUGCCCUGUUCGGAAUGCUCUUGGCUAUUGCAGCUCUACUCACUUGCAUAUGGGAGCUGAUUUACAAGGGCAGGAAAAAUAACGUGGUGUGGAGGAAGAGGGGAUGUUACAUGCUUUUUGGUUCUGCCAAUGAAAUUUUUGGGUUACUCGGAGGUAUCGCUCAGUGUGUUUGCUCGAUAGUUCAAUACUUUUAUUACAUUCGGCAUGCUAAUAAUCCUCUCAAACUGUCCCUUUUGCCUGCCAUCUUUCUCAUAUGUUUGAUUGCUGCAAGAUUAAGUAGGAAACGAAUGCAGACCCCAGAUGAGACCCGUGAACAUACAGCUUAGACAAAGACUGGUUGGUAAAGAUGGGCUCGUUUGGUUGUAGCCUAAUCAGGUUCCAGAAGAUGAUAAAAGCUUAAGGAUUUUACGUUCAACCUAGAAUUAUGCCGAAGUAUGAAUGAUGAUAUAUUCAUAGUUAUAGAUUGGAAGGAAAAGAUACGAGCAGAAAAAUAUAUAUAGGUCUUAUCAGGUUGUGUCUUUGCAAAUUUCUCUAUCUUUCCACAAGACAUUUGUGUUUAAUUUGUACAAAUAUUAGAGUAAUAAUCUCAGUACUUACGAUAAAUUUAACAAUGCGCAUUUAAGUAACAAAGAUUGAGGAUUAUCUC